CGGCACACUCCCCUUGUUGCUGGUUUUGUGGCUUAUCUUCGGACCUCCGAGACUCAUCUGCGUACCGUGCAUGUGCGAUUGCCUUGUAUCGGGCGCCGCAUUUCUUGUCUCUGGGGAAGACACGCAAACCCGACGGUUGCGCGUACUUGCAAGAUUGUCGCUCUCUGUGAAGUUUGUGAAGUUUUGGUAUUUCCCUUCCGCAUUAGAAAAUCGAAAAUGGUUGGUUUCAAACUCCUCACCCUCGGCGCCUUCGUGGCAGGUGAACUAACCCUGGUAGGACCGGCCGGGACGAUGGCAUUCACCGUCCCGAAUGCAACAGGAGCGAAACCGCUGGUGACUUCUGUGAGUGUGAGACCUUCAUGGUCAUCUGCUCGUCAAAAUGCCUUCAGUUCUUCCUCGUCUCGUUCCCAGUCUUCUGUCAGGCCGCACUCCGCGUUUGUGACCAAUAGACUUGAAACUGCAGGCGAGACAGGAACUCAACACAGAGCGGCCGACUCCGCUGCCGGUGUAGGUGCAGCCCAGUCGGCGUUUCCCAUCGAUUUGAGAGGCCAGACUGCUUUCGUUGCUGGCGUCGCAGAUAGUCACGGAUACGGCUGGGCGAUCGCAAAACACCUCGCGAGCGCUGGGGCGCGUGUGGCUCUAGGCACAUGGCCGCCAGUUCUGGGACUCUUUCAGAAGUCUCUUCAGAGCGGAAGACUUGACGAGGACCGAAAACUCCCUGAUGGUUCCCUUAUUGAAUUUGCGGGCGUGUAUCCCCUCGACGCUGCCUUCGAUAAGCCGGAAGAUGUGCCGCAAGACAUAAAGGAUAACAAACGAUACGCGGGCGUGGAUGGAUACACGAUAAAGGAGGUGGCGGUGAAGGUGAAGCAGGAUCUGGGCAACAUCGACAUUCUCGUGCACUCUCUUGCUAACGGACCGGAGGUGACAAAGCCCCUUCUGGAGACGAGCAGAAAAGGCUAUCUGGCUGCGUCAAGCAAUAGCGCGUAUUCCUUCGUCUCGCUCCUCCAGCACUUUGGACCGAUCAUGAACGAAGGCGGCAGUGCUGUUACUCUUUCUUACCUGGCUGCGGAACGUGUUGUUCCAGGGUAUGGAGGCGGUAUGAGUAGUGCGAAGGCAGCGCUGGAGUCCGACACCCGCACCCUGGCCUGGGAGGCCGGCCAGAAGUACGGCGUUCGCGUCAAUGCCAUCAGUGCAGGUCCUUUGAAGAGCCGUGCUGCCAGUGCGAUCGGCAAAUCUGGCGAAAAAAGCUUCAUCGAUUACGCAAUCGACUAUUCCUAUAACAACGCACCUCUAAGAAGAGACUUGCACAGUGACGAUGUCGGCGGAGCUGCGCUCUUCCUGCUGUCCCCCCUGGCUCGAGCCGUGAGCGGCGUGACUUUGUAUGUAGACAACGGCUUGCAUGCUAUGGGACAGGCCGUUGAUUCGAGAUCCAUGCCGCCUCUGCAGCGCGCUACUCAGGAGAUAAAUUGACAGCCUUACACACCAUGUACAGAACUGAACCCUCCAUAGAGGAGCGCUGAUUUGUUGAAUCAGUCAAGGCAUUUGAGCAAAGUAUUCUUCAGAUGUGACACUGACUCGAGGUCAUGUGACGAACCUGUUACCAAGUUUGCUGGAAGGUAUGCCUGCAAUUGGCACCCGCAUUUUCUUCCCUUGAAGCCACUGAUACUGUACCUCACGCUUGACUGCUUGGCGGAUGUUGAUAUUUGCGCAGCGGGUAGAAAACAGCGAUCUACCUCGGGAACGUUUGUACUGCUUAUUUUCCGCUAGCUGUUUCGUUGUUGUGUCCGUACUUCCAUGUCUUUUCUCUGUGGGCAAUAAAGCUUCCUUCUUCCUACUUUUCGCGCCGUGUCACCUGACUUCUCGGCUGUCUUGGUAACGAUAACAAACUACGUGUGUGAGCCUGAAGGUGAUCUUAGCAGUCACGAUCGUGAAUGGCGCCCGUGUGCUCGGCUCUCGGCUGGCGGCGGUUGAUACAGAGAGAUCGACACAUCUGGGGGACUGGAUGAGAAAGGUGGGGGAAAGAGAAACGUUCAUACCACUGAGGGGAGUCUUUCGUCUAUUUCUAAGCUGCAUAAGAUCUACUCCCGCUGGGCACUCCGGGUGUGAUGGAAAAAACAAUUGCUUGCCUUGCUGUUGGAAAUGCUCUGCAUGAGAGACACUUCCGAGGCAAAGUAGAGCCCGCUUCUCUUAAGCGCCACGUGCAAGAUGUCUCUCUUUCUUAUAUGUAGAGGAAUAAAAUCUAUGCAAACGAAGGCUUAAUCUUUAGUCCUUGGGGUCCUGCGGCACUGUAGCGUCUCACGGAAACACUAGUGCUGCGUGAUGAGGCAGUGAUGCCUUGUCUCAAACUGUGUUUCCCUUCCUUCGUUU